GUGGAGGCGGGGACAGAGGGUCUUGCAGAUGGCCCCGCUCCCAGGGGCAGAGCUGGUCCAGACGCCGCUGCAGCUCUACCGAUACCUGCUGCGCUGUUGCCGGCAGCUGCCAGCCAAGGGCAUCCAGGAGCAUUACAAACAUGCUGUCAGGCAGAGUUUCCGGGUUCAUUCAGAUGAAGACAAUCCUGAGAGAAUCCAGCAGAUUAUUAAAAGAGCCAUUGAAGAUGCAGACUGGAUCAUGAACAAACUGCCUUUUCUGUUAAGAAAGGGGGUCCCGGUGCCAGCUAGAGAUUUGACUGGUGCCUGCCCCCCGCCCCACCUCUAAGGAGCCCCUGCAGGAGGCAGCUAAAGCCCAGAAGAACAUGGUUCUUGGGAUUUCCUGGGUCUUCCCUCCCCCAUUGGCUUCCCUCACCCACUUCUAAUGAUCUCUCUGCCUUACAGUAUAAGAAACAAAACUGAGAUGCUGGAGCCUAGAGAACCAAGCUGUCCUGAAGAUAUUGAAGUUGAGAGACCUCGCUUCUCCUGGAAGUCAGCAGCGGCAGCCGUUUUGGAAUAUCCAUCAGCCUUACUGGCUGAGAGCAGGAAAUCAGGGGUAGGAGAAGCUGACGUCUGCUCAGCUGGCUCUUCUUGCCACGUUUGUGUCCCAGCAUCCUUUAUGUUUGCUUUUCUGGCCAUUGCCACGGGAGUUUGGGGGAGAAUAUAUUUUGUCACUUUGGUC